AUGCGCGCGGCCGCUACCUCAUCUGCCUCCGCGCACGCCUCCCCCUCGCCGUCCCGCUCGCCCCCCCACCCGUCCGCCGCGUCGAUGGCGCGCGCGCUGGCGAGCGGCAGCGCGGAGGACGCGAAGGCGGCGGGCAACGAGUACUACAAGGCGGGCCGCUUCGCCGACGCGCUUCAGCUCUACGAUCGCGCCGUCGCUCUCGCGCCCACGCGCGCACACUACCGCGCAAACCGCGCCGCCGCGCUGUCCGCGCUCAACCGGGUGGCAGACGCCGUCGCGGACUGCGAAGAGGCCGUGCGGCUGGACGGCAGCUACGCUCGCGGGCGGCAGCGUUUGUCUGGUCUGUACCUGCGGCUGGGGCGGGUGGAGGAUGCGCGCGCACAGCUGGCGGAGAUGGCGGAGGGGGAGGCGGCGGAGGAGAGGGCGCGCGUGGAGCGCGUGGAGGGGUGCGUGGCGCGGUGCGAGCAGAGCGUGCGGGCGGGCGACUGGCAGGGCGCGGUGGUGGAGGCGGAUGGCGCCCUCAGGGAUGGCGCUGACCUCGCCCCCCAGCUGUGGCUGUGGAGGGCGCGCAGCUGCAGGCAUCUCGCGCGCCUCUCAGAGGCGGAGGCCGCGCUGACGUCAGCGAGGGGGGCGCUGACAGCGCUGCGGGCGUCAGUGGCGGGCGAGGGGGCGGGCGGGGGGCGAGGGCGGGCGGUGAGGGCGGUGGAGGGCGACGUGGUGGACGAGGACGUGCGCCUCUCGCUGCUGCUCGGCAGGUGUGCGGUGGUUUGGAGCCCGGGGGGUAAGAGUGCCGGCAGUGAGAGCGAUGGGGGGGGGGGUAAUGGAGGUGGCCGUGCUCAGCCUUAUGAGGCACAGCUGCCUGCGACACUUUCCCGACCCCCACCCCUCUGCUGGCUGUGCUCCCUGCCACCGUCACCUGCUGCACGCCUACCCUUCAAGUCAACCCUCCCUCCCCUCGUAGCUCCUUCAGCCAUGCUCUCGUCUCCUCGCCCCACCUUGCUCGCAUGGCGCCACGCUCAUGCGGGCAAGCCUGCAACGGGACUUGCUUUGCCCGCCCUCCUUGCCCUGCGCUCGCCCCCUCCCCGGUGCAGGUUCGACGGGGCGGUGGCGAGGGCGGAGCAGGGCGCCAAGCUCUUCCCCGACCACCCCGCGCUGCCCGCGCUGCUCGCCACUGCGCGCCAGCUGGCGGCGGCACGCACGGGCGGCAACGAGCUGUUCAAGGCGGGCGACGCGGCGGGCGCAGCGGAGGCGUACUCGCGGGGGAUAGCGGCGGGCGGCGAGGGCAACCCCGUGCUGCUGUGCAACCGCGCUGCGUGCCGCAUGCAGCAGCGCCGCUGGCACCACGCCCUGCUGGACUGCCAGCGCGCCCUCGCUGCCCACCCCGCCUACUGCAAGGCGCUGCUCCGCCAGGCCACGUGCCACUCCCAGCUGCAGCAGUGGGAGGCGGCGCACCGGGACUACCUGCAGCUGCGCCACCUCAUGCCCAACGACGCUGACGUGGCCAAGGCCUUGGCUGACGUGGAAGCGAAGCUGAAUAAGGCUGGAAUGCCAGGCAGCAGUGGGGCGGAUGGCAGGAGGGGCGGCAGUGUGGCAGGGGGAGGAGGUGGCAGCAGCGGCAGAGUGGUGGCGGUGCGCACAGACAGCGAGUACCGAGGGGCCGUCACCAGCAUGGGGAUGGUGGUGGUGGCCUUCAGUGCUGCAUGGUGCGCCCCGUGCCGCCAGGCCGCGCCGCUGUUUGACCGCCUCAGCGCCGCCCACCCCACCGUCAAGUUCCUCAAGGUGGACAUCGACGUGCUGCCAGAGGUGGCAGCACGAGAGGGUGUGCAGUCAGUGCCGACGUUCAAGGUGUGGAAGCACGGCACACGCGUCACGGAGGUGGUGGGUGCACAGCUGCCGCAGCUGGACGCCGCCAUCCGCUCCGCCCUCAAGUCGCUCAGCCACGGCUUCUGA